CACGCACACACAGCUGUGGUUACGCGCACUGCUGUUUCUCCGUGAUUCUGUUCGCGCGUCCUGGACUUCGCGCGUCGCUCCGCCGUUCACACCGUCUCUCCACACACACGGUUUCUCACUCGUGUCCAGGAAAAAAGUAAGAAACCCAAACAAAGGCACAUCCGGCUGACCUCCUGCUGACUUUGAGGUCGAAGGUCAUGACCCCACUUUAAUCCCAGGCCCUACGUAACGUGCUGGUGACGUCAUUAUGUUUCACACCUUCCCCAACAAAUCCAGGGCCCAGACGCCGGCGGCCAUGGAGAAGACGUACUCACUGACGGCGCAUUACGACGACUUUCAGGAGAUCAAGUACAGCAGUCGCUGCAGCAGCAGCACGCUCAGCAACGGCGUCAGUCUGCAUCUGGGUGGGUCGCUAGACCGUGCCGGGCGUGGCCGCAGUGGGAAGGAUAAGUUCAUGGGUGGGCCCGGUCCAGGGGGCAGUACCCCGGCUCGCUGGAGUCGGCGUGAGAUCUGCCUGCUGUCGGCGCUGGUGUUUGCGGCGGGGAUGUGCGUGAUUCUCGGCUGCAUGCUGGCGCUGAAGUUUCUGUCGCUGGAGGCGCAGGACUCCGGGUGUCGGCAGGACUGCGUGAAGAGACGCUCGCUGCUCAGGGCCGCGCGCUUUGUUCAGGGAAACAUCGACCCGAGCGUUCAGCCCUGUCACGACUUCUACAGUUUUGCGUGCGGGGGCUGGCUCAGACGUCACGGGAUACCGGAGGACAAAAUGAGCUACGGAAUAAUCACAGCCAUCGGAGAGCAAAACCAAGAGAAGCUGCAGCGCCUCCUACAGGCACCCAUUCAGAGGCACGAACCCAACAGUGCCGAGAGAAAGGUGAAAGAAUUUUAUCGCUCAUGCAUCAACAUGAAGGAAAUCGACCGUCUGGGGGCGGCACCCAUGACUGAGGUGAUUGACAGCUGCGGUGGAUGGGAUCUGUCCAGGGCUCCUCCCGGAGGUGCGGGGUGGGAUAGCAGCUCCGCCCCUGUGAGGCCGGAUUUCAACGAGAUACUGUACAAGACGCAGGCCGUGUACAGCACGUCUGUCUUCUUCUCUCUCACUGUGAGCGUGGACGAUAAAAACUCCUCACGCAACGCCAUACGGAUCGAUCAGGAGGGCUUGACUCUGCCAGAGAGAACUCUAUAUCUGGGUCAGGAUGAGGACAGCGUGAAGAUUUUGGCGGCCUAUAAGGCGUUGAUGGAGAGAUUGCUGAGCAUGCUGGGGGCUCACAACGCCACGCUGAAGUCACGAGAGAUUCUGGACCUGGAGACAAGACUAGCUAAUAUCACUGUGUCUGAAUUUGAGGACCAAAGAAAAGAUGUCAGCAGCAUGUACAACCGCGUAACUUUAAAACAACUGCAGAGAAUGUCUCCGAUCUUCCAUUGGAAGCGUUUGCUGGAUCGGAUCUUUCAUGAUAACUUCUCAGAGGAUGAAGAGAUUGUAGUUUUAGCUUCAGAAUACAUGCAGCAGGUGUCUGACAUCAUCAAGACCACGUCUAAACGGGUUCUUCACAAUUACAUGUUGUGGCGUAUCGUGGCGGCUCUCAGCGAGCAUCUCUCCACCGCAUUCCGCAGCACCAUCCACGAGUUCUCGCGCGAGAUCGACGGAACCGAGCGUCAGCUGGAACUGGGCCGUCUGUGUCUCACUCAGGCCAACAAACACUUCGGCAUGGCUCUGGGCGCCCUGUUCGUCCAACAUCACUUCUCAUCCAAGAGCAAAGCCAAGGUACAGGAGCUGGUGGAGGACAUGAAGCAUUCGUUAGAUCUGAGACUACAAGAGCUCGACUGGAUGGAUGAACAAACCAAAGAUGCCGCCAGAGCAAAAUUGCAGCACAUGAUGGUGAUGACGGGUUACCCGGACUUUCUGCUCAAGCCAGAACUCAUUGAUGAGGAAUACGGGUUUGAUGUAAGUGAGAAGACGUAUUUCAAGAACAUCCUCAACAGCAUCAAGUACAACAUCAAACUCUCUGUCAAAAAGAUCCAUAAAGAGGUGGACAAGACAACGUGGCUCCUUCCACCACAGGCUUUAAAUGCAUAUUACCUGCCAAACAAAAACCAGAUGGUUUUUCCAGCAGGUAUUCUUCAGCCAACCCUCUUUGAUCCAGAAUUCCCACAGUCACUGAAUUACGGAGGAAUUGGUGCGAUUGUUGGACACGAGCUCACGCACGGGUACGAUGACUGGGGGGGGCAGUAUGAUCGCUAUGGUAACCUGAAGCAGUGGUGGACAGAAGAAUCAUACAGGAAGUUUCAGAAGAAAGCCGAAUGUAUCAUCAAACUCUACGACAACUUCACCGUCUAUAACCAGAGGGUGAGCGGGCGUCUGACGCUAGGUGAGAACAUCGCUGAUCUUGGUGGACUGAAGUUGUCUUUCUAUGCGUAUCAGAAGUGGAUUCGAGAGCACGGUCCCGAGCGUCCUCUCCCGGGUCUGAAGUACACACACGAGCAGUUGUUCUUCAUAGCGUUUGCUCAGAACUGGUGCAUGAAGAGACGAUCACAGUCCAUUUACCUGCAGCUGCUGACUGAUAAACACGCACCUGAACACUACAGGGUUAUUGGCAGCGUGUCUCAGUUCGAAGAGUUUGGUCGCGUGUUUCACUGCCCAAGAGGGUCGCCCAUGCAUCCUGUCAACAAAUGUGCCGUCUGGUGACCUCUGACCCCUGGACCGUCUCUUCGACCGCCCUUCAUCCAUCCAGUCCUGACGCCGUUGAAAGUUUACAGCGCUCGAAAAAGUGCUCAAAGACCAAACGUUCCCUCGUGACGAUCAUCACGUGUGCCACAUAUCGCACGUGUUUUUCUUUUUUAAGAUGUUUGUUUAUUUUUGUAUUCGAUGCAUAGUGUGUUAUUUCAGUCAGGUCGUGGCUGAUGUUCGAGUGGGAUGAUGGUUUGUAAGCGGUGCUUGUGUGAGCAGAGAUGUUUGGAUGACACGUGUGAGAGAGAUCUGUGUCGUAGGCAUGCUGAUAUGUUUUGAUAUGAAAUGUUUUGUCCGACAAAAAGUGUUUUAAAUCUGAUGCUGAGAAAAGACUGAAUAUGUCGAUUUCACGUGUCAACCGUGAGUGAAUUGUGUGUGUUUAUUUGUCAAGUUUGUUUUUGUUGAUGUGGUUCUGAUGUGUAUUCUGACAGUACAGCAGAUGUUCUUCGCUGGCGUGUCUCAGGAUUUCAUGUUAAAUACGAGACCAGUCGACAACCACCGCUGCACCUAAAACACAUUCAUAGAUUCAUGAUGUUUUAGAGAGAUGUGUCUGACUUUUGUUGACUUGUGUGAUUUUUUAUGUCAUAUUAUUGUUUUUUUUUACAUUUAAAGAAUGUCUUUUUUGUCAAAUUUAAAACAAUUAAUUACGGGAAUGCAAUCUCUCGGUGUGAGAGAAAUUACAUGAGAUAUUACUGUAAAAAAAAUUGUAUGAAGUCUUUGCCCAAGAAAAAAAGUAAAAUUGUGUAAAAUUGUACAGAUAAAUUAUAUGAAACUUAAAAAAAAUUGUACAGCUCAAAUAAAGCAUGUUUGCUGUUUGAAGGUUUAAACAUGUAUGAGACCAAGAAACCAAAAUAACUGAAACACUCCAUCAACACAUGCAGAAU